AUGGUACGUUUACGUAAUCAGAAUGAUCAUUUCGCUCCUGUUAUUGGCCGUUCCUCAAAAAGGAAAAAGGGUCCUGUUGAUACAUCGACGCCAAUAAGCCGGCUUCCAGCUACAUCAGCAAAAAUUUCAAGAACUGCCAAAGUGUCUCCUGCACUUAGUGAGAUCAGUCCUGUAAGCAGUGCUCCGGAGUCACGUAAAGCUGCCCGUUUGGCUUUAAAGGAGAACCACAAGAAAUUAAAGUCUUUAAUGGUGGGAGUUGAUCAUGUACGACCUAUGCCAAACAAAUCCAUAUUCCAAAAAGAUUUUUUUGAAGACCGACCCAGAUUACUGUCUUUCUUCCAUGUUUUAGUGGCUUCUGUUUACGCUUUUAUCAUAUUCAAAACCGUUACUUAUUUUGAUAUUGAUAUUUACAUUGCUAAUUUGUGGAAGGGUUUCCACUAA